UGCUACCUAACGUGCCUGCAAAAGCCCCAUGUCUCCUAACAGAUUAGAAUUCAGACUCCUUACCAGGGCAUCAAGACUCCAUGAUCUGAUCUAACCAACCUCAAAAACUCAACUCAUCCCUCUACACACCCUGUCCUUGGCCAUAGUAGUCACCUCACCAUUCUCCUAUGAGUCAUCUAUUUUCAUAUUUCCAUGUAUUUAUUUUAUAUAUUCUAUACCCAUAUGCCUUUUCUCAUAUUUUCUUCUCCUCAAAUAUCUGUAGUGCUCAGUAUCUCAUUAGUUGCUGCCUCCUUUAAUUCCCCACCAUCAGAACCAAUAUUCUUUUGUUCUCCCACAGCAGAGUGUUGUUUUCUCCCUAGCACUUUAUUCCUUCUUUGUUUUUCAGUAAUUGUAUAUAUGCCUGUCUCCUCUUUGAUUCAUUUCCAUACUCACCCAGAGCCUGGCACAGUGCCUUCCUUGCAUGUCAGAAGUGCCUAAUGAAUGUUUGUAUUGAAUGAGCCCUCCCGUGACCUCUUUCCCUUGUUGCCACCAGGCCAGUAUCCUUCUACCUCCUUAUUCCCCAUCACCAUAUCCCUCCUCCUAGGCUGUCCUACGUACAUGGAUGUUGUCAUUGUUUUGGAUGGCUCCAACAGCAUCUACCCCUGGUCUGAAGUUCAGACUUUCCUACGAAGACUGGUAGGGAGACUAUUUAUUGACCCGGAGCAGAUACAGGUGGGACUGGUACAGUAUGGGGAGAGCCCUGUACAUGAGUGGUCCCUGGGAGAUUUCCGAACCAAGGAAGAAGUGGUGAGAGCAGCAAGGAACCUCAGUCGGAGGGAGGGACGAGAAACAAAGACGGCGGAAGCAAUAAUGAUGGCCUGGUGAGGCAUUGUGAAGGGGAGUGUGGAGGCCAGAGUGAUGAAAGCUUAGAAGGGCUAGGGGAGGGUUUGGAGUGCAGUGUGUGCAUCCCAAGAUGUCUUUUUUUUUUUUUUUUAUAUUGAGUCCUUGACACUGACCAAGAUGUCUUGCAUGUUUAUCUUUGUAUGUACACUAAUAGCAUGUGGAGGAAAGCAAAGUUGGCUGUCAUUGCACUCCCUCUAAUUGCAUUUCUACACUUUCUGUAUCUGUGUCUCUCCAUGUUUCUGCUUCGUUUAUCUUCACAGACAGAACUCUCCCUCUCUCCAUCCAUUCACUCCAAUUUUAAUCCUGGCUCUUGGGUUCUCCAACACUCAUGUCCUAGCCCAUCAUUCAAAGCCCAUCUCUGAGAAGACUCCCCUGACCUGACCAUUCUCCUCUGUUCUAUGUUUUCUUAAUAUUUACGCUCGCAAUGCAAUAUUUGUUGAAUGAAUCUAUGAAUGAAUGAAUUUUGUACUCAUUUGUAUUGAUGAUCUGCUACUCUGUAUGUUCUAUGACAUUCAAACAUUUGAGUUCUUACUCUGUGCCAGUCUUCAUAUUAGGCACUUGGAAAUGACCUAAAAGGCAAGAUGCCUGACCUUGGUGAAUUGCUGAUUACAUUAAAUUUUCUCUGUGUGUGUGUGUGUGUGUCCGUGUGUGUAUCCACAUACAA